ACAUACUGCCAGAAUUCUGAGCGUGGCGUCUGCAUUCGUUUCUGUAUUUGCGGUUGACGGAAUCCGAGUGAGAUUUGUGCCGACGAAAUCAUUAAUCUAGCUGGUAGCGAAAUUUUACGUUUGCAACAAUGCCUUCUUACAAAGUUAGCUACUUCGAUAUGAAAGGUCGCGGUGAACUCGCCCGCCUGGUUCUGGCUGCGGCCGGACAGAAGUUUGAAGAUAACCGUUUGGCAAAAGGCGACUGGGGCACAAUGAAACCUGGCACUCCUUAUGGACAACUGCCGGUGUUGGAAGUGGACGGAAAAAUGUUGGGACAGAGCGGCGCCAUGGUUCGUUAUGUGGCCAGGCAGCACGGCCUGAUGGGAUCGGGAGCAUGGGAAGAGGCUCUUAUCGAUUCGUUCAACGAUGCGGCAAUGGACGUCUUCCAAGCCGCUAUGAAGGUCAUAUACGGAACCGAGGAAUCUCAAAAGGCUGCUGAAGGAAAGAAGUUCAAGGACGAAACCGUUCCGGGAUUUUUCAAAAUCUUUGAUAAAUACAUCCAAGAACACGGGAAGGAUGGACAUGUGGUUGGAAAUAAGUUGUCGCUGGCUGACCUGGCGCUUUUCAACGUGGUCGAUCAGCUGAUUACCAUACAGCUGACUGGUGCGGACUGCGCGGAGCAGUUUCCCAACGUCAAGAAAGUGGUGGACACCGUAAAGCACGACCCGAAAAUCGAUGCAUAUCUGAAGAAAUGAAAUAUCACUCCACCGCUUGUGUAACCUUACAAUAAAGGACACGAUAACCACCCAUAUUGCAAUCAUCCAGCUUAUGUUUUUGGAAUUGGCGCACUCAAUCGUAUCUUUCAACGCUCCUAAACCACAGAAUCUAAAAUUAUACGUCUAUAACCCCUUGACAUUUUCAAGUUGUCUUUGAUGUGGUUCAGUAAAUCAUUUCACAUACACAAACCAAAAGUUUUUAGAAUGAAUAACUUGAUAUGCAAAUGUUAGCGCAGGUCUUUGUUCUGCAGUCUUUAACUUUUUGAUGGUACAAAUACUGGUUACUUAAUUGUAUGCGUUGUUUCCAAUUACUGAAAGGCACAAUAUACACCUGUACCAAUAUGCCCUUGGCUUUAUUG